AUGUCAUUCCAAAUUCACAUCAUCGCGGACAUCAAACCCACACAAACCAGCCCAGAUCCACGUCCUACAACAGAAUCCUGGGAGCAAUACAUGGCACGUUUAGGCCUUCCAUCCAACGCGAAACCGCUCGAUUUUCCGGAUGAAGCGGCGAGGUACGAUACUAGUGUGACUGUUGCGGAGGAUUAUGCAGCGCAUUUGAAGGAACGGAAGGAGAUGUUGAGGGAGAGGGCGGCGAGGGCUAGGGAGAGGGCGGUGAAGGAGAGGGAGGAGGAGGAGGAAAGGGAAAGGCUGGAGGCUGAGGCGGAAGAAGCGAGGGUGCGGAGGUAUGAGGAGGAGGAAGAAGAGGAAGAAGAAGAAGAAGGGGAUGCUGAGCAGACGGGUAAAGAGAGUGGUACUAUUGUCGCGGAUAAGGAAUACCUCAUCUCCCACCUCGCCACCCUCACCAACAGCGCCCUCGACGGUCUCGCCGCCACAAUAUUCACCUACUACACCCAUCGCACCGACACAGAAGUACAAGACCUCAACAAAACCAUCUCUUCACUCCAAGCAAAAGCACUAGACCUACGCCACCAACUCCUACAACACCAAAUCCAAAACGGACAAACCAUUUCGGAGCUGAGGGCUGAGAAAAUGGAGUUGAGCCAACAGGUUCAGGUUCUCCAGGCGCAGCUCCAAACACAAGAUUGGACAAGGAUUUCAGAGCUGAGAGAAGAGAUGGAAGGGCUACGAGGGGAGCUGAGGGAACGCGAUGGGAAGAUUAUGGGGCUGGAGGAGAAAUAUGAGCAGCUUGUGAGGGAACGGCGCGGAAAGGUUUGGGGUGUGGUACGCAGCGGGCUGUGUUUGGGGAUGUAG